AUGAGUAACCGCGGUAUUCUCCGAAGCCGCACAGCGAUGAGUCGCUGGCCGUGGUCACGGUCAAAGAAGGAAGAUGUGGCAGCUGAGGGCGACGGGGAGGCGCAACUAUCGGGGAAUGAGCGCAGUGAGAAGGAAGCCACCACACACCCCGCAGACAGUGUUGCCGCGCCGCCCCCACGUUACGCGGAAGGUCCUGAAGCAAAAGAUGAGAUGGAAGCAAUCACAAACCCAGAAGGCGUCAACUUGAAUGCCAAGCGGGGUUUGCAAAAAGCCGAGGCGGCGGCCCUGGUCUGGGGGAAGAAGACGGUCUACGGUCUUUUAGCCUGGGUCUGGGUCUGCUACAUGAUACUCGCCCUGCACCAACUGAUAUUGUCAAAUAUCACACCAUAUGUGUAUUCCAACCUCAAGACUGCGCCCCAAAUCACCAACGCCUACAUCAUCUCCAGCAUCAUCGGCGGUGUUUUGAAACUGCCUCUGGCCAAGACCCUGAAUCUCUGGGGUCGUGCCGAAGGCUUAUGUGUCUCUUUACUCACCUAUCUACUGGGAAUGAUCAUUUUGGCUGCGGCUCCAAAUCCCACAGCAUACGCUACCGGCUACACGAUAUAUUUCAUCGGAUACGAUUGCAUCUAUCUAAAUUUGCAGAUCUUCGUCGCCGAUACCACUGGACUACGCAAUCGGGCAUGGGCCUUGGCCUUUUCGCAAACGCCCUUCAUCUGCACGGCCUUUACAGGUCCCUUGGCUGUCAAUUCAUUUUUGAAAACAUCUGGAUGGCGCUGGGCAUUUGGUGUGUUUGCGAUUGUGACGCCAUUUGUCUUUGGACCUCUUGCGAUUGUCUUCAAGUAUUACGAGAAGCAGGCUGAGAAACUUGGGUACUACCAGAAGCAGUCGAGUGGUCGGACCGUUGGUCAAAGCAUCAUUCAUUAUCUUUACGAAUUUGAUGUCAUUGGAGCUUUUCUACUCAUGGCUGCCUUUGUUCUCUUCCUACUGCCAUUCAGCCUGAUCACCAAUGGAAAGUCCAGCUACGACAGUGCACUCUUCAUCGCGAUGGUUGUGAUCGGUUUCAUGCUCUUCUUCGUUUUUGCAGCUUGGGAGCGAUGGGGUACCCGAGCCCAUUUUAUCCCCUGGUACCUACUCAAAAAUUCCUCCGUCUUGGGUGCCUGCCUGCUGUCGAUGCUCUUAUUCUUUAGCUUCGACCUUUGGGACACCUAUUUCCUCCAGUUUCUCUACGUUGUGUACGACCUCGACUUUACGCAGGCAGGGUAUAUCUAUAACAUCUACACGAUCGGCUCCUGCUUUUGGUCUGUUCCAGUUGGUAUCUUCAUCUACAUCACGAAGCGGUUCAAAUACCUCUGUCUGUUUUUCGGUUUGCCGCUCAUGAUGCUCGGUUCGGGUCUGUUGAUCUAUUUCCGCGGCAACGAUCAAUCAAUCGGCUACAUCAUCAUGUGUCAGAUUUUCAUCGCGUUUGCAGGCGGUACCUUGGUGAUUGGCGAGGACAUGGCUGUCAUGGCAGGUGGUGAUCGCGAGGGCAUUCCCAUGACGCUCUCCUUGAUCAUGCUGUUCUCCAGCAUUGGCGGAGCCAUCGGUCAGGCCGUGUGCGCUGCCGUUUACAACAACACAUUCGUCGACGCCCUCCGAAACGCUCUUCCGGAUGACAUGAAAUCACAAGCCGAAUCCCUCAACAUCAAAGGCUAUCUAGCACAGAUCAAGUAUCCCUCUGGAAGCCCGAUCCGGGAAGCGUGUGCUUACGCCUGGGGCUGGUCGCAGCGACAGAAUGCGAUUGCUUCCACGGCCCUGCUGGUUCUGGCUAUUCCUUGUAUCAUGAUGUGGAAGAACUUCAACGUGGACAAGAAGCAGAACAAGGGUAAUGUUCUCUAG